AUGGCGUCCCCGGCGCUGGCGGCGGCGCUGGCGGCGGCGACGGCGGCGGGCCCCAACGCGAGCGGCGCGGGCGAGGGGGGCAGCGGCGGGGCCGCCAACGCCUCGGGCGCCGCCUGGGGGCCGCCCCCGGGCCAGUACUCGGCGGGCGCCGUGGCGGGGCUGGCGGCCGUGGUGGGCUUCCUCAUCGUCUUCACCGUGGUGGGCAACGUGCUGGUGGUGAUCGCCGUGCUGACCAGCCGGGCGCUGCGCGCGCCGCAGAACCUCUUCCUGGUGUCGCUGGCCUCGGCCGACAUCCUGGUGGCCACGCUGGUCAUGCCCUUCUCGCUGGCCAACGAGCUCAUGGCCUACUGGUACUUCGGGCAGGUGUGGUGCGGCGUGUACCUGGCGCUCGACGUGCUCUUCUGCACCUCGUCCAUCGUGCACCUGUGCGCCAUCAGCCUGGACCGCUACUGGUCGGUGACGCAGGCCGUCGAGUACAACCUGAAGCGCACGCCGCGCCGCGUCAAGGCGACCAUCGUGGCCGUGUGGCUCAUCUCGGCCGUCAUCUCCUUCCCUCCGCUCGUCUCGCUCUACCGCCGGCCCGACAGUGCCGCCUACCCGCAGUGCGGCCUCAACGACGAGACGUGGUACAUCCUGUCGUCCUGCAUCGGCUCCUUCUUCGCGCCCUGCCUCAUCAUGGGCCUGGUCUACGCGCGCAUCUACCGCGUGGCCAAGCUGCGCACGCGCACGCUCAGCGAGAAGCGCGCGCCCGCCGGCCCCGACGGCGCGUCCCCGACCACGGAGAACGGGCUGGGGGCGGCGGCGGGCGCGGGCGAGAACGGGCACUGCGCGCCCCCGCGCCGCCCGCGCGCCGACGUGGAUCCCGAGGAGAGCAGCGCGGCGGCCGAGCGGCGGCGGCGCCGGGGCGCCCUGCGGCGGGGCGGGCGGCGGCGCGCGGGCGGCGCGGGCGGCGCCGACACCCCCGGGCCCGGGCCGGGGGCGGCCGCCGCGGGCGCGCUGGCCGCCGCGAGGUCCCCGGGCCCCGGCGGGCGCCUGUCGCGCGCCAGCUCGCGCUCCGUCGAGUUCUUCCUGUCGCGCCGGCGCCGGGCGCGCAGCAGCGUGUGCCGCCGCAAGGUGGCCCAGGCGCGCGAGAAGCGCUUCACCUUCGUGCUGGCGGUGGUCAUGGGCGUGUUCGUGCUCUGCUGGUUCCCCUUCUUCUUCAGCUACAGCCUGUACGGCAUCUGCCGCGAGGCCUGCCAGGUGCCCGACCCGCUCUUCAAGUUCUUUUUCUGGAUCGGCUACUGCAACAGCUCGCUCAACCCGGUCAUCUACACCGUCUUUAACCAGGACUUCCGGCGUUCGUUCAAGCACAUCCUCUUCCGACGGCGGAGAAGGGGCUUCAGGCAGUGAACGGCUCGCCGGCCCCGCGGGGAGGCCCUGGACCGCUCCGGGCGGGGGCGUGGGAAGGCGGGGCCCGCCGAGCCGCCCGGGCCGCUUCCCCGCUUCCCCGGAGACCCAGGACGGCGCGGCCUCCGGAGCGCAGGGGCGGGAGCUGGCGGGCCCGGAGCGCGGGCUGAGAGGAGAGACGCAGGGUCCCUGGGGAGGGGGGAGGAGAGAGGGGCAACCCCUCUGCCUUCCCGUCUCAGCAAAGGGCUGCUUCUGGGGCUGCGGGCCUGCGUCUGGCUCGGGGGGCCCCGCCGAGGUGUGGCCACGAAGUCAGGGUCUGCGCAGAGGUUAACGCAACCUCCCUAACAGGCGACAGGGGAGCCCCCCCCCCCAGCACACACACACCCCCAGCACACAC